UCUGAACAGCGACGGAAGCGCAUGAUGUGUCGGAAUUUGUAGGAACGAGGAAGACAUAUAGUCCAACCGAGAAGGAGAAGCCCGCCCUGGAUUACAGCUUUUUCAUGGAAUGUUCACUGAGGAGAACUGUCGUUUUAUUUUUUUACCAUCGGGAGUUUGUGAUAUGCUCACAAAGGUGAUAUGCGCACUGUGGGACCCUGAGGAAUAGGCCAUCAAAGUGUUCUGCGCGAAAUCCAGUGACAGAGUUUCCAGCUAUUCACCAUUAUUUAAGCGCGCACUCUAAGCAAAGUGAGAAAGCGAUAAUUAGCGAUAAGAGGUAUAGCGCAUCUCUGAUUCUACGAUAUCGGCACAUCGUCGCUUUAGCAGCCUAUGGACCAUGGCAUCAAAUGAAGAAGCGGUUAUUUGUCCGGUGCAGGCACCUACGCUCGCCAAGCACAGGGACUUCUGACAUUAUUUACGCACACUCAAAUAUCCGACCCCUGCUCUAUGCAGGGAGCAGUGGAGGCCGGUCUUAUUGGUAAAAGUCAGGACUGUCAUCUGGCAUCGGUGAGUGGGAGGUGAUUGACACCGUGGACACAGUGAGCGGACCUCACCAAAAAAUCUCUCCAACACUCACUGUGAAGCGCUGUAACAAGAGAGUGAUGUGGACUUUAUUUGGGACUAUUCAUCAGUAAAGCUGGCUGCAGAAGUAGCAGUCCUCCCUGAGCACCAGGCCUGACUGUUAAAAGCUCAGCUCAGCGCAGCCAGCCUGGUUCCCUCUUCUUCUUCCUGUGUCUGAUUCAGAGAGAAGCUCUGCCCAGCCCCCCUCCCCACCACCACCACCCCACCCCUCACGGUGUUGCAGGAGUUGAGUCUCUGCUGCCCAGGGAGGGCUCCAGACAUGUCCACCAAGGCGCCCAUAUACCUGAAGCGGCGGAGCAGGAAGGGUAAGAAAGAAAAGCUGCGGGACAUCCUCUCCUCGGACAUGAUCAGUCCUCCGCUUGGGGACUUCCGCCACACCAUCCACAUCGGCAGCGGCGGGGGGGAGGACAACCUAUUUGGGGACCUGUCCUUCCUGGAGGGGAAGUUCCACCUGCUCCCUGGGCAGCAGGGCGACUGCCUAUCCCAGCGCUCUUCUAUGUACGCAGAGCCCUUCCAGUUCAGGCAUACUGCCAGCAUCAGCGGACACACAGCCUCCUCAGAGAGCUCCCCCCUUCUGAAGAACGCCCUCUCUCUGCCCGUCAUUGGAGGGUUGCAGGCCAUCACCCUGCCCGUCACCUCUGCACCCCCCACUGUCCCCCACCCGCCUCAGAAUGCAGCCCCCCCACCCAAACCUCCUCGACUUCACCUGGAUGACAAGAUCCUGAUGUCCCAUCACCCAGGCCUGGACUCCCCCUUGGCCCAGACUCCCAGCAGGACUUCCCAGUUCUGCCCACCCUCUCCCAGGUUUUCAUCAGACAACGAUGUGUGUAUCCAGGACCCCUAUCUGGAUGACCGGGUUCAGGAGCGUCCCUACUUGUCCAACGCAGGCUCCCUGCUCUCCCUGCACCUGGACCUGGGCCCCUCCAUCCUGGAUGACGUGCUGCAGAUCAUGGACCGCCAGCGCCUCAACGGCCUCAACGGAACCUGUCUGCAGGGAGGACGGCAAGAGCUCUACACCUGACCAUGGGAAGUCCUCCUCCCUCGGUCCUCUGUCCCUCGUAGUGUAACACAGGAGGUUCUGACCUCAACCAGGCCUUGCUUGAUCACAAGGCUGGGUUUGGACAGUAGUUUGCUCAUAUUAAGUGUUUUUUUUUCUGGAACUUAACAUCAGUUUCUGUUAGUGUUUUAAUUGAUAUUGAAUAUCUUUCUACACUUUUCCAUAUUUGAAUUACUUAAUGUAGGAAGUGUUGUCUAAUGAGGUGACAUGAGCCAAAAGCUGACUGUUAAAUCUCCUUUGCCCUUCCUCCAAAGAGUACAUGAAGAGACUGGGGAAAGAAUACACUGCUGGUCAGGAACUGAGGUCAGCAUAUAUCUAUCUGUUUGGGCUAAUAUGUCAGUGGGAAGGGUAUGGUAAACCUGAAGGUCAGUGUUAGAUCAUUUUUUUACUGCACCUGAGCUGUAGACUACUCUACGUACUCCGAAGAUCACAGUUUGCUGCGCGUGUCAUACAGAUUUAUCCAACUUAUGAAGCUAUUCUGGAACAGACAUUCUAUUCAGACUCUACUUGAUUGGGGAUAUUGUUCUCAAAGACACACACUUACGGAAAGAUGAACUGUACGACAGGGAUGAUGUCAUCUCUGCAAGGACAGAGAGCCAGAGUGGGAGAGGAAGUCACCUCCCUGAGUCUCUGUCUUCAGCUUUUGUUCAUUUUUACUGCAAGAUUGUGAAAGUUGUAACUUUGUAUCAGGAGAGACACUGAGUGUUGGAGAGUGCAGUUCCAUAUCUGUCGUCCUUUCAGCAGAUCUACAGAGCAAAGCGCUCUGUUUUUCCUGGCUCUCAGGCUCUGGUCAUUGAGAUGUUGGACACGCUUUGAUUCCCAACCUGAGACUGCUCAUAAAGAGAUUCUCACCGCUGUAGCCAUCCAAGUCCUUGUGUUGCACCAACUAUCUCUGUACCAACACAGAAAAGUUCACAAUCAGACUAUUACCAAUGUUAUUUGGAAUUCUAGUUACAAGAUACUUCAGUGUUUGCAGUACAAUACAGUGUAGAGUUGCUGGAACACCAAUUGCUGCAUGGGGUAUAUAUUGUUCUAUUCAGUAUUACAUCAAUAACAACGUAGCAAUCAACUGGAUAAUGAUAACAGGUUAAUGAUUCUUCACAAACCCAAUAAGAAAUGCUUUAUUAUUUGCACCGAAAGGUGCACUGAUUCACUUCAACAUUGUACAAAUUAUUUCAAAAGUGAAAUGGUAGAUCAUUUAGAACAUACGUUGGUUCUUUGAUAACGGUGGACCAAUGAUGUGCAGGUCUACCUUAAGAAUGGCAAAAAACGCUGGAUACCCGUUAACCCAUUUAUAAUGUACCCAACAGGGGUUCUAUACAUUACAUGUCCUACUGUAGGCUAACAUACACUACAUUAAUGCAUAACGCUAAACAAUAUCGUUAUAGUAUAGUAUAAUAUUUGAUUAAUCUCAUAUUGGAUCAAAUGUCUUGAUACUUUCACACACUUACUAAAGCACUAUAAACCUGUUGGCAUUGUAACUGCAUAUAUCUACGUUAAUUACAGCUUUUAAACUGCUCUAUAAUUUCUGUUUACUUUUGGAUAUCAACUCAUCAGAUCAAAUCUAAUGUUCUCACUCCAUACAUAUCCACCCUGUCACAGGCGGCCAGUAGCACCUUAAUUGAAGAGGAGGGGCUCAUUUUUUUAAAACUAACUAGGCAAGUCAGUUAAGCACAAAUUCUUAUUUUACAAUGACUGCCCAAACCCUCCCCUAACCCGGACGACGCUGGGCUAAUUGUGGACUCCCGAUCACGGCCUGUUGUGAUACAGCCCGGGAUCAAACCAGAGUCUGUAGUGACACCUCUAAAACUGAGAUGCAGUGCCUUAGACCUCUGUGCCACUCAGGAGUAAAUCAUAGUAAUGGCUUGAACAGAAUAAAUGGAUUGGUAUUGAACACAUCAAAUAAAUGGUUUCCACGUGUUUGAUACCAUUCCAUUCACUCCAUUCCAGCCAUUAUUAUGAGUCAUCCUCCCCUCAGCAGCCUCCUGUGCACCCUGUGCAUGCUCAAGUGAUUACUAAAUUAGAUGGAAAAGAACUUGGCUCCAUAGCUGACAUGUUGAGAAGAGGACUAUAUUAAUAGACAUAUGUUGCAGAGAGAGAGAGGAUGUGAUUAGAGGUGCUGCAGUGCAGUCUGUUUGGACUCUGAGAGAGAGAGAGAGAGAGAGAAAGGAUAUGGUAAGAUGUGCUGCAGUGCAGUCUGUCUGGAGCUGGAGCCAGAGCCUGCAGUGCAGUCUGUCCUGCUGACCAUGGCCAGGCCAGAAUGGUGUUACGUAAGCCUGUGUCUGUUUACUCUGGAGCUCUGCUGACAGAUCUGCAGCCAGCCACUCAGUGACAGGGGAGCUGUACGGUGCAGAACAGUGUGUCAGGCUCUCCUGCAGCGUUUGGGACAGCACCUGUUGACAGACUGACAUCAACACUACUAACCUUCACUGGCUCCUGCAACUGCUAUAAAUCCAGAUUUCUAUAAUCUACUCAGUUGUAUGCUGCACCUAAUGACUAUGGUAACAUACUUUGGUGUUACUUUUUAAGUUGUGAUAUGCAUGGUAUGCCUCCUACAACAACUGAACUCAAGUUAUUUUGGCAUGUUUCCUAUUGUAUCUAGCUACUAGUCUAGACCUCCAAGUAAGUGUUGGCUGUUUUAGAAAGUGGUUGCAGCAUACGGAGCCAAAACCCUUUGUCGUCAUCACUUCGUUUAUCAUAGUUGCUAUGGCACUGGCUUCUGCUAAUACCUGAAUCGCCAGAUAUGAGGCUCCACUUCCCUACAUAUUUAUUUGGACAGUGAAGCUAAAACUUUUAAUUUGGUUCUAUACUCCACCAUUUUGGAUUUGAGAUCAAAUGUUUUAUAUGAGGUGAUGGAACAAAAUGUCACCUUUUUAUUUAGGGUAUUUUUCAUAUAUAUAUACAGUAUGUUUUACCGUUUAGAAAUGAAAGAAUGUAGUCCCCCCAUUUUGAAGGUAUCAUAAGUAUUUGGACAAAUUCACUUAGUGUAUUAAAGUAGUCAAAAGUACAACUCUACUCUGUAACUUUCUUACUCAUCAAUAUUCACGAUUCAUUCAUGAUUAUCCGUAAUCAUGGUAGCUUCCAAAUUAAUGUACAAAUGCUCAAAAACAUUCUAUAUUAUUUACAAUAAAAGUGACUCCAAAAAUACAUUAUUUAUAAUUCAUUUCUACACAACUGUCCGGAACACCUGGUACUCUCAUGCAUGAUUCAGUGUUGCUUGCCUCAAAGCGCACAUAGGAGUAAUUUAGCUCGUCUUGUAGGCUUGUGUCACUGGGCAACUAACGGCUCUGCUUCCCUUUGUAGUCUGUAAUAGAUUGCAACCCCUGCCACAUCCGACGAGCGUCGGAGAAGUAGUAGUAUUUGUAUUUAUUAUGGAUCCCCAUUAGCUACUCUUCCUGGGGUCCAGCUAAAUUAAGGCAGUUUAUACUAUUUUAAAACAUUACAAUACAUUCAACGAUUUCACAAUACACUGUGUGCCCUCAGGCCCCUACUCCACCACUACCACAGUAAUAAAUCCAUGUGUUUGUAUGUUAUCGUGUGUGUGUGUGUGUGUGUGUCUUUGCCAAUGUUUGUGUUGCUUCACAGUCCCUGCUGUUCCAUAUGGUGUUUUUUAAUCUGUUUUUUAAAUCUAAUUUUACUGCUUGCGCUAUUACUUGAUGUGUGAUUAGUGAUGAAGUCAAUCUCUCUUCCAAUUUCAGCCAGGAGAGAUUGACAUGCAUAUUAUUAAAAUUAGCUCUCUGUGUACCAUCUUUUUGUGGCACCUGACCACACGACUGUAAGGUGCAACAAAACUAGGGCCUGUAGGACGUGCUUUGUUGAUGGUGUUAAGAAGGCAGAGCAUCGCUUUAUUAUAGACAGACUUCUCCCCAUCUUAUCUACUCCUGCAUCAAUAUGUUUUGACCAUGACAGUUUACAAUGUAGGGUUACUCCAAGCAGUUUAGUCAUCUCAACUUGCUCAAUUUCCACAUUAUUUAUUACAAUAUUUAGUUGAGGUUUAGAGUUUAGUGAGUGCUUUGUUAAAAAAAACAAUGCUUUAAGUUUAAGAAAUAUUUAGGGCUAACUUAUUCCUUGCCACUCACUCUGAAACUAACUGCAGCUCUUUGUUGAGUGUUGCAGUCAUUUCAGUCGCUGUAGUAGUUGACGUGUUGAGUCAUCCGCAUACAUAGAAACUCUGGCUUUACUCAAAGUCAGUGGCAUGUCGUUAGUAAAAAUUGGAAAAACAACAAGUGGCCUAAACAGCUACCCUGGGGAAUUUCUGAUUCUAACUGGAUUAUAUUUGAUAGGCUUCCAUUAAAGAACACCCUUUGUGUUCUGUUAGACAAGUAACUCUUUAUCCACAUUAUAGCAGGGGGUGUAAAGACAUAACACAUAUGUUUUUACAGCAGCAGACUAUGAUCAAUAAUGUCAAAAUCUGCACUGAAGUCUAACAAGACAGCCCCCACAAUCAUUAUAUCAUCAAUUUCUCUCAGUCAAUCAUCAGUCAUUUGUUGUAAAUGCUGUGCUUGUUGAGUGUCCUUCCCUAUAAGCAUGCUGAAAUGGUGUUGUCAAUUUGUUUACUCGAAAAUAGCAUUGUAUCUGGUCAAUCACCAUUUUUUUCCAGAAGUUCACUAAGGGUUGGUAACAGGCUGAUUGGUUGGCUAUUUGAACCAGAAAAGGGGGCUUUACUAUUCUUGAGUAGCUUCCCUCCAAGCCUGAGGGCACACUCUCUAGUAGGCUUAAAUUAAAGAUGUAGAAAAUAGGAGUGGCAAUAUUGUCUGCUAUUAUCCCACAGUAAUUUUCCAUCUAGAUUGUUAGACCCUGGUGGCUUGUCAUUGUUGAAAGACAACAAUAAUUUUUUCACCUCUUCCACACUGACUUUACGGAAUUCAAAAGUACAAUUCUUGUCUAUCAUAAUUUGGUCCGAUAUACUUGGACGUGUAGUGUCAGCGUUUGUUGCUGGAAUGUCAUCCCUAAGUUUGCAUAUCUUGCCAGUGGGAUUCAAUCUGUCCUGUAUUUACGCUUUGCCUGUUGAUGGUUCUUCGGAUGGCAUAGCGGGAUUCUUAUAAGGGUUAGAGUCCCGCUCCUUGAAAGUGGCAGCUUAGUCCAAAUGUUACCUGUAAUCCAUGGCUUCUGGUUGGGGUAUGUACGUACAGUCACGGUGGGAACGACGUCAUCGAUGUACUUGUUGAUGAAGCCAGUGACUGAUGUACUCCUCAAUGCCAUCGGAAGAAUCCCGGAACAUAUUCCAGUCUGUGAUACAGUAGCAAAACAGUCCUGUAGUGUAGCAUCUGCGUCAUCUGACCACCUCCGUAUUGAGCAAGUCAUUGGUACUUGCUGCAUUAGUUUUUACUUGUAAGCAGGAAUCAGGAGGAUAGAGUUUUGGUCAGAUUUGCCAAAUGGAGGGCGAGGGAGAGCUUUGUACGCGUCUCUGUGUGUGGAGUAAAGGUGGUCUACAGUUUUUUUCCCCUCUGGUUGCACAUGUAACAUGCUUAAACAGAUUUAGGUUUCCCUGCAUUAAAGUCCCAGGCCAAAAGGAGCGCCGCCUCUGGAUGAGCAUUUUCUUGUUUGCUUAAUGCCUUAUACAGCUUGUUGAGUGCGGUCUUAGUGCCAGCAUCGGUUUGUGGUGAUAAAUAGACAGCUAUGAAAAAUAUCAAUGAAAACUUUCUUUGUAAAUAGUGUGGUCUACAGCUUAUCGUGUGAUACUCUACCUCAGGCGAGCAAAACCUCAAGACUUCCUUAAUAUUAGAUUUCAUGCACCAGGUGUUAUUGACAAAUAGACACAGACCGCUGGGGUAGUCUGUGCAAACUAAUCUUUCAGGAAGAAGCUUUUCUAUCUUGCCGAUGUAUGGAAAACCCAGCCAGCUGAAUGUUAUCCAUGUUGUCGUUCAGCCACGACUCGGUGAAACAUAAGAUAUUAGAGUUUUUAAUGUCUCAUUGGUAGGAUAGCCUUUAUCGGAGCUCAUUCAGUUUAUUAUCCAGUGAUUGCAUGUUGGCUAAUAGGACUAAUGGUAGAGGCAUGUUACCCACUCACCGUUGGAUUCUCCAGACCUACGACCGCUAUAUCUCCGUCUCGUCUUCAUGCGAAUUACAGGGAUUUGGGCCUUGUCCGGUGUCUUAAGUAAAUUCUUCACGUCCAACUUGUUAAAGAAAAAAAUCUUCAUCCAGUACGAGGUGAGUAAUCACUGACCUGAUAUCCAGAUGCUAUUUUCUGUCGUACUAGACAGUGCCAGAAAAAUUAUGUACAAAAUAAGUUACAAUUAAUGCAAAAUAACACACACAAUUGGUUAGGAGCCUGUAAAACGGCAGCCAUCUCCUCCGGCUCCAUUAUUAUCUUCCCAGCACAAGGUGCACUUGUGUAAUGAUUAUGCUGUUUAAUCAGCUUCUUGAAAUGCCACACCUGUCAGGUGGAUGGAUUAUCUUGGCAAAGGAGAAAUGUUCACUAACAGGGAUGUAAACACAUUUGUGCACAAAAUCUGAAUGAAAUAAGCUUUUGUGCAUACGGAACAUUUCUGGGAUCUUUUAUUUCAGCUCAUGAAACAUGGGACCAACACUUUACAGGUUGCGUUAAUAUUUUUGUUCAGUGUACUUAUGACACCUUCAAAUAAGGGGACUAGAUGCAUAAAGUGCUUUCAUUUCUAAACAGUAAAACCGAUAUGUAUGAAAAUACCUUCAAAUAAAAAGGUGCAAUUCUGUACUGUCGCCUCAUUCGAAACAUUUAUAGAGUAUAGAGCCAAAUUAAAGAAUUGAGCUUCACUGUCCAAAUAAAUAGUCAGUUUAAUAUUUACCAAACUUCAAGGUUUUGUAGAUAUCUCUAUUACAUCAUAACCUUUGCUGAUCUUUAUGUAUGAUAAUGACUCUUAUCGUGCUGCUAUCAAUUGGCAUAUUUGACAUGUUUGGACAAAUUGUUUACUUGCAUCACACAAUUACAAGCUGUAAAUGAUUAUGAAUAAAUGCAAUGUUAUGGA